CGACAACGACGUGGACAACGGGGACCUGCUUCCCCUCCCGCCCGUCCCGCCCCCACGCUGCCGAUAGCCAGCAAGUGACUACGCGCAGGUCCUGCGGGCCGCCGUCCCGCCCCACCUCGCCCUGCGUGUAAGCAUCGCAGCAUCGCAGCACCGCGUGCCCCAGCCCAGCCGGUCGAGCCCGGUCGAGCCAGUGUCGGACAGUCCAAGACCCUCGCGACAGCGGCAAGCGGCAGCGGUGCGACGACAGACGCCACUCUCCUCCAACAUGGUCGUGGCUUCCAACGGCGUGGCCAAGGGCCAGAAGCUCCGGGUCGCCAUCAUCGGCCAGAGCGCCUUCGCCGCCGAGGUGUACAAGCUCAUCAAGAAGGAUGGCCACAAGGUGGUGGGCGUGUUCACAGUCCCGGACAACGGCAACAGGGAGGACCUCGCAGCGAGCGUGGCCGCCGCCGACGGCACCCCGGUGUUCAAAAUCAAGUCCUGGCGGAAGCAGGGGGCCGUCAUCCCGGAGGUGCUGGAGCAGUACCAGAGCGUGGACGCGGACCUGAACGUGCUGCCCUUCUGCACGCAGUUCAUCCCCAUGGAGGUCAUCAACUACCCCAAGCACAAGAGCAUCUGCUACCACCCGUCCAUACUGCCGCGGCACAGGGGCGUCAGCUCCAUUAGCUGGACGCUCAUCGAGGGCGACACGGAGGCCGGCUUCAGCGUGUUCUGGGCCGACGACGGCCUCGACACCGGCCCCAUCCUGCUGCAGCGCCGGUGCCCCGUGGAGCCCAACGACACCCUGGACUCGCUGUACAACAAGUUCAUGUACCCCGAGGGCAUCCGCGGCAUGGCGGAGGCCGUCAACAUGGUGGCCGACGGCACGGCCCCCGCCAUCGAGCAGCCCGAGGAGGGCGCGUCGUACGACCCCGCCCUCAAGAAGAAGGAGGUGACCCUGGUCAAGUGGGACCAGCCCGCCAAGCGGAUCCACGACUUCAUCCGCGGCCUGGACAGCUCCCCCGGCGCCCUGGCGGUGCUCAACGGCGAGGAGGUGAAGCUGUUCGGGUCGUCGCUGUGGGCCGGCGCGGUGCCCGAGGACGACGUGAUGCCCGUGAGCGUGGAGGGCAUGGCGGCGCCCGGGCUGGUGCACGCGGGCGGACUGCUGCUGCAGGGCGCUGACGGCGUCAAGCUCAACGUGGAGCGGCUCCACGUCAACGGUCGCAUGAUGCCGGCAAACAGGUACGGCAAGGCGGUCGAGAAGAAGGCCGCCAUCGAGAUGACCGCCGAGGAGAAGGAGAUGGUGCCCGUGGUGCGCGGCGUCUGGGAGGCCAUCCUACGCAUCGACAUCGACGACGACACGGACUUCUUCGCGUCCGGCGCCCAGUCCAUGGACGUGGUCAGGCUCGUGGAGGAGGUCAAGGACCGCUUCAACCUGGAGCUGCAGAACGAGGACGUGUUCAUGGCCACGACCUUCUUCGAGUUCUGCCAGACCGUAGUGCUCAAGGCGCGCGGUGGCGCCGCGUCGCAGGACGUGCAGUACGACGCCGUGGUCAUGACCGCCAACAACAUGGAGCUUAAGUUCCCCCGCCAGCUGUUCAUCGACGGCCAGUUCGUGGACGCCGAGGGCGGACGCACGAUCGACACCGUCAACCCCGCGGACGAGACCGUCAUCUGCAAGGUGCAACGCGCCACGGUGGGCGACGUGGACCGCGCCGUCCGCGCCGCCAAGCGCGCCUUCGACGAGGGCGAGUGGUCCAAGAUGAGCGCCCGCGACCGCGGCAGGCUGCUGUUCCGCCUGGCCGACCUCAUGGAGCAGCACAAGCAGGAGCUGGCCACCAUCGAGUCCAUCGACUCGGGCGCCGUGUACACGCUCGCCCUCAAGACCCACGUCGGUAUGUCCAUCGAGGCGUGGCGGUACUUCGCGGGCUGGUGCGACAAGAUCAGCGGCCGCACCGUGCCCAUCAGCCACGCGCGCCCCAACCGCAACCUCACCUUCACCAAGAAGGAGCCCAUCGGUGUGUGCGGCCUGGUCACGCCCUGGAACUACCCCCUCAUGAUGCUGUCCUGGAAGAUGGCCGCCUGCCUGGCCGCCGGCAACACGGUCGUCAUGAAGCCGGCCCAGGUGUCCCCGCUGACGGCGCUCAAGUUCGCCGAGCUGUCCGUCAAGGCCGGCAUCCCCCCGGGCGUCAUCAACAUCGUGCCCGGCUCAGGUUCGGAGGCGGGCAACGCCAUCGCCAACCACCCCUUGGUGCGGAAGCUGGGCUUCACGGGCAGCACCGAGAUCGGCCAGACCAUCAUGCGGUCCUGCGCCGACUCGAACCUCAAGAAGGUGUCCCUGGAGCUGGGCGGCAAGUCCCCCCUCGUCAUCUUCGACGACUGCGACAUGGACCGCGCCGUGCGGAACGCCAUGAGCGGCGUGUUCUUCAACAAGGGUGAGAACUGCAUCGCGGCGGGGCGCCUCUUCGUCCAGGACACCAUCCACGACAAGUUCGUGGAGAGGGUCAUCGAGGAGACCAAGAAGAUGGUGAUCGGGGACCCACUGAACCGCGGUACGAGCCACGGCCCCCAGAACCACAAGGCGCACCUGGACAAGCUCAUCGACUUCGUGAACCGCGGUGUCAAGGAGGGGGCCAAGCUGCGCUACGGCGGCAAGCGGCUCGAGAGGCCGGGGCUCUUCUUCGAGCCCACCGUCCUCACCGACGUCGAGGACAGCAUGUACGUCGCCAAGGAGGAGUCGUUUGGACCCAUCAUGAUCAUCUCCCGGUUUAGCGGCAAUGACUUGGACGCGGUCAUCAAGAGAGCCAACAACACCGAGUUCGGCCUGGCGUCGGGGGUGUUCACGCGCGACAUCAACCGGGCCAUGGCCUUCGCCGACAAGAUCGAGGCCGGCACCGUGUUCAUCAACACCUACAACAAGACCGACGUGGCGGCGCCCUUCGGAGGCUUCAAGCAGUCCGGCUUUGGCAAAGACCUGGGUGAGGAAGCUCUCAACGAAUAUCUCAAGACCAAGUGUGUCACAUUGGAGUAUUAAUCGUGUCCAAGUAUUGCAUGUUCCAAGCAUUUGUGAUCCAGACCUCAUAGUUAGAUCUCGUAACCUCACUAUUGAGGCACACUGACCAAUUCCAUUUGUUUCGCGUGUAGUAGUAUCAUCAUCCUUUGUCAUCCUGUAAAUACUCUUGUAAAAUAAGUGUAAAAUUAUCAUUUUGGAAUGUUCUAUUUAAAGUGUAUGGCAAAUAUAUGCUUAUCAAUUUUUUAAAAGUA